AUGCCUGCCACUACCGCAGAAACCCUCUCUCUUGUUACGCGCAGCGUCUCCGUUGCUCCCCUCGUCCUUCUCUCCGCUGUUGAUCAUUAUAACCGAACUGAUACGAAGCAGUCGAAGAGCAAACGAGUGGUCGGUGUGUUGCUGGGUCAAAACGACGGCAAGAAUGUGCGCGUGUCGAACAGCUUUGCUGUGCCCUUCGAGGAGGACGACAAGGACCCGUCAGUAUGGUUCUUAGACCACAACUACGUUGAAUCUAUGAACGACAUGUUCAAGAAAAUCAAUGCGCGGGAGAAGCUGAUAGGCUGGUACCACUCGGGCCCAAAGCUCCGGGCUUCAGAUCUCGAAAUCAACGAGCUCUUCAAACGGUAUACGCCGAAUCCACUCCUGGUCAUCAUCGAUGUACAACCGAAGGAGUCCGGUGUGCCUACGGAUGCAUACUUUGCCGUUGAGGAAAUCAAAGACGAUGGAACAACCACCUCCAAGACAUUCGUCCACACUCCCUCCAUUAUCGAGGCCGAGGAAGCCGAGGAGAUUGGUGUCGAGCAUCUCCUACGAGACAUCCGUGACGUCGCUGUCGGCACGCUCUCCACACGUCUGACAAACCAGCUUCAGUCCCUCCAGGGUCUGCACCUCCGCUUGCGAGACAUCCAUGCCUACCUCCAGAAGGUCCUCGACGGCCAACUGCCCGUAAAUCACGCCAUCCUAGGCAAUCUUCAAGAUGUAUUCAAUCUCCUACCAAACCUGGCAACACCGAGCUCGGCUCCGAGCGCAACCGGAACCAAGGCCGACUCCGAGCUCAGCUAUGCCAUGAGCAUCAAGUCGAACGACCAGCUCAUGGCCAUUUAUCUCAGCAGUCUAAUCCGUGCUAUCACCGCAUUCCAUGAUCUCAUUGAGAACAAGAUACAGAACCGUCAGCAGCAGGAGGAGAAAGAGGCGGCCAAGAAAGAGGGCGAAGAGGGUGCGAAAGAGGGCGAGAAGAAGGAGAACGGUGCCGGUGCGGUGAAUGGCGUGGCCGGGGAGGCGAAGGAAGGCGGCAGCGAGAAAGACAAGGAGGGGUCGAAGGAGAAGAAGAAAUAG